AGUCAGUGGAGCCCGCGAGCAGUGUAAAAAUGUUUUUAAUUAGUAGUUUUUGCAACCGAUCUUCAAGAGUUUUGUGGGGACCCAUGCACUAAGAACGUCGUUAAGGACGCUGGAUAAACAUCCAACGCGUGGUUUAUCAAUUUUCCCUCCCUCUCUCCUUGGUCGAGAAGCAUGCACGAUUUCUUUAUGAUUUUUCCUAGGAAAAAAAAAGAUUUCAUCUUCACGCAAAAGGAAUAAUCUUUCGACUGUUUUCCUCUGUGGAUUAACCUUCCCUCAAAACCCAUAUCUUUUCUUUCUUAUUUUCCGAUUUUGUUUCAUCGUAAUACAGAUCUCUCUGUUUUUCUCAAAGCAUCUUCCUUUUCUUCAGAUCUGAGGAACUUUUCAGAUUCUGAUGUCGAAACCCUGGAGCGGAAUCGGAAUCGGGGCGUGGGCGGACGAAGCGGAGCGUGCCGACGAAGAGCAAGCUGCGGCGGCGGCAGAUGUUGAGAGUUUUCCGAGCUUGAAGGAGGCUGCGAGCAAUGCCAAGUCUAAGAAGAAGAAGAUGAUGAUGACUUUGUCUGAGUUUACAUCCGGUGCUUACGCGGCGCCUGGAGGUAGAAGCUCUGUUGGGUUGACGCAGCAAGAGAUUCUCCAGUUGCCCACUGGUCCUAGGCAACGGUCUGAGGAUGAAAUGCAGCAGCCUGGACGGUUAGGCGGCGGUUUCUCUUCUUACGGAGGUCGUGGGCCUCGAGAUCGAGAUGAUUCCGGUGGUGGUAGGAGACCUUAUGGUGGUGGGUUUGAUGAUGAGAGGAGAGGGGAUCAGUCUAGGGUUUCGGAUUUUCCGCAAGCUUCGAGAGCUGAUGAGGAUGAUGAUUGGGGCAAAGCGAAAAAGCUUCAAUCUUUCGAUCAGGGACGACAUGGUCGUUAUAGUGGUCUCGGAGGCGGUGGUGGUGGCUUCUCCAGAGCUGACGAGACCGAUAAUUGGGCGGCAGGUAAGAGGCAAGCUCCGGUACGGUCAUCUACAUUUGGGUCCGGUUACAGUGAUUCAAACCGUGAACCUGACCGUUGGUCAAGAGGAGUAGCUUUAGGUGGUGUUCAGGAGGAACGUGAUAAGCCCUGAUUAGGGUUUAUCUGAAAUGGGUUAGAAAGAGGAGAGAGAUAGAGAGAAUGGGGGCUGAGAGUAUAAGUUUUGUUGAUAAAUAUUUUGAUACCAUAAACUUAGGGAUAACGCCCUUUAAGUAACACUACAACUUAUUCAAAACGACAAUGUACUAUAAAACUCAAAU